CAUCAAGACCCCAUCUAUGCCAAUACCAUUAAACAGCACUGCCUGAGAAGGUUGUGGAGGCUGGGGCCCUCGCAUUUAAGAAGCAUUUGAAUGAGCACUUAAAUUGACAAGGCAUGGAUAGUUGGAUGAGCCGAUUCCUCAACGUUCUCCGCAGUUGGCUGGUGAUGGUUGCUGUCAUCGCCGCUGGCAAUACAAUUCAGAGCUUCAGGGAUCACAGCUUCUUGUCGGAGAAACUGUACACGGGAAAACCAGCACUCGUGAAUGGGCUCCAGGCCAGAACGUUUGGGAUCUGGACUCUCCUAUCAUCCAUCAUUCGGUGUACGUGCGCAGUGGACAUUCAAAACCGAACGUUGUAUCACAUCACUCUGUGGACAUUCAUUCUGGCUCUCAUUCACUUCUUAUCAGAGUCAUUUGUUUAUCACACAGCACCCAUCACAAUCGGCGUCAUGGCUCCCCUCUUGGUGGCUGGCUUCUCCAUCCUGGGAAUGCUGGUGGGAUUUCAGUACAUGGGGGAUACCCAGGAGGUGGCUUCAGCUCCACCAAAGAAGAGAAUCUAAGUCCAUCAGGGUAAAUGGAUGAGGAUGGACCGGGCUGAGCCAGGAGGCGAUUGGACCCGACCAGUUGACCAGUAUGCUCACUCCACCACAGCAGUUCGUAGUGAACACACUUCCAACGUAAUUGAUCAACGGGAAGGCACCUUAGGGUGCCCUGAGUUCAUGAAGCACAUUGUUCAAAUGGGGUCCCUCUUUCUAACAGUAAAUUGUGGUG